AUGACAACCGAUGCACGCAAUGGAGGUAAAAGACCAAUGGGUAGGAACAGAUCUAACUCGCGAAGCAGUGGAUCUCGAUCUGUAAUGGAUAUUGAUGAACUGUCAGUACCGACCUUCAUUCCAAGUGGGAACCGUAAGGCACAAACAGCAAUCAAUCACCAUGAGCUACAUGAAACAGUAACACCUGAGACUUUGGUUAAAUCUCCGGGCAAGACUCACAUUCUAGUACUAAAGUCUCUAAAUGAAACUUUUGAGACCAAAUUCCUGGUUAUUCCUUAUCAACCAGAUGGUUUAAAACUGGGCAGACCUGUGGCAUCGGGCGGUGGGAAACUAAGUAGCGCUGUAACACAGAUUCGUUCUGACAACGGUAAUUUCGAUUCGAGGGUUCUUUCAAGAAAUCACGCUUUAUUGAGUUGUGAUGCAGAGACUGGCAAGAUAUAUAUACGUGACCUAAAGUCAAGCAACGGCACUUUUGUUAAUGGGAAUAGAAUUGAUCAAACGAAUGUGGAACUACAUGUUGGAGAUACAAUCGAUUUAGGUACAGAUAUCGAUACCAAGAUGGAACAUAGGAAAAUAAGUGCAAUUGUUGAGGAUAUUUCAAUAAUACCUUUAGUAAAUGGCUAUAAGGAUACCAAUACUACCAACGUAGAGACCAAAACCGUCGCAACAAACCUACCUAAAACUAUAGAUCACACAAUCCAUAAUCAACAACAGCCAACAUUAUCAAACAAAAGUAUCGGUGAUAAUAAUUUUAACUUACCACCCGAGUCGGCUGUUUCUACUGUCACAGCCCAAAGAGCUGCUUUCGAAGCAGCUAUGUUCGGUAAUGUUCUUCAUAGUGACUUAGAUGAUAACAUUCUUGGUGUUCAAACUGAAAUUUUGAGUGGAAUUUUUGUAAAUAACUCUGCCGGUACAAGCCCCAACCUAUUAAAUACUAUAAAAACGCUUUCAACUGAGCUAGCGUUGGAGAAACAAGAAACACAAAAGCUAACUGCUAUGCAGAACUUCCUAGUGAACUACACUUCCAAAUUAGAUGAAAUAAAGAAAGUAAUGGACCAGAAUAAUGUGAAAUAUUUGGCAAAACUUCAAGAAUCCCUAAGACAAAGUUUGUCUGAAACGCACAAUAGAGUUAUAAAUGAACGUUUAGAUCGCAGGAAAAAAUUGGAGGAAGGAAAUGAAUCGUUUAAGCAAGAAAGGGAUAAAGAGAUUAAAGAGAAGCAGGAAUUAUUGAAUAAGUUGAAGGAUGAAUUAAGUGCUGCUCAAUUAAAUUUAGAACAAGAAAAAAAACGAACCAAGGUACUCAUGGAGAAGAAAUCUGCUUUAACAUCUAAAAAGGAUUUGCUAAACGGUAAAACGAGAUCUCCAAGCUCAAUCAAGAGCAACGAUCUAUCAUCAAAUAAAGUCUUGAUUACUGCUGCAAUUACAGUAGUAGUCAUUGCUGCUGUUGCAAAAUGGAAAAGCUAA